AUGCCUGAAGAUAUAGACAACUCGCUGCUGGAACGGCUUCAGGCGCUGCGGGGUUCAAGCUCCGGCGCAUCGCCCGGUCGAGCAGCCCCCAUAAAGUACGAGAAUCACCCGCUCAUUGCAUCCCUAGACAACAAGAGUUUAGAGCUAAACAACUGCAGGUUCGACGUAGAUUUGAUUGAGAGAUCAAAACCAGCCACCCGAGAAGAUACCCUCGCUGCUCGGCUAAAGUCGCUGCGAGAGCGGGAUGAUGGUGGCUCAGCCUCACCAAGAAAGGAGAAGCCUGUCACUGCAGCAACAUCGGCAUCACAUCUGGCUAAAGCGAAGGAUGCUGCAUCUACAUCAGGGCCGGGAGAUGGCGAUGAUAUGGACCUCAUGUUCUCGACCGAUGACCAGACUCUCGAAGAGCUGCUCAACGAUGUCAGCCUCGAUGACAACCCCGUGCGAGAGCCCAGCGAUGAGCAGGUCAAAGCCCUCUUGGAAAAUCUAUCACUGUCUGUGCCGAAAGACGACGCAGACAGGGAUGAAGACGAGAACAAGGCCGGUGACUCGGACGAUUCAGACGGCGAGCACAUGCAAAGUAAAGUGAAGGACAUCAUCGCCCAGUUCAAAGAUGAAAUAGAGCUCGAGGCCGCUCUUGGGAGCCCCGACGAGGAAGCAGACUCCGCAAAGCAUGGUCAAGAUGAGAGUGAGGCCGGAGAUGCAGAUCUCGCCCUCCCUUCACUUCCUUCUAAUCUCGCAGAUCUCCCAAAUUUUGCUCCUCAACGCCCGAGCGCCACGGGCAACAUGAAUGAUAUCACGGCUCGCAUGGCCGCGCUCAAGGCUCCCUCUACCGAAGACACCUUCUCACUCCCCUCUGUUCCUAGUUCAAAGCCGUCUGCGGGCGAUAAGCCCGUCAAACGACUUACCAGUAAGACGGAUUACACGGAUGACGACAUCGACGGCUGGUGCACCGUCUGUCUUGAUGAUGCUACGCUACAAUGUAUAGGAUGUGACGGCGAUCCUUAUUGUACGCGAUGCUGGAGGGAGAUGCAUAUUGGACCGGCGGCUGCCUUUGACGACAGAAGCCAUAAGGCUGUCCAGUUCACUAAAGCGAAGAAGAAGAAUAAACAACAGGUCGCACUAGGAGCUUGA